AUGGAUCGACUACCAGCCGAGAUUCUCACUUUUAUCGUUAAUCAAUUAACAUUUCGUGAAAAGAUAACUUGCAUCACUGUUUGUCGUCGAUGGUACAAAGCAUUUCAGCGCUGCCAUCUGUUUGAAGUACUCAAGUGUCGCUAUUCAUUUAGUCAAAAACUAACGAAAUUGCAAGAAAACAAUGUUGCGCAUCAAGUAACCCAACUGCAUCUCAACACACUGUCACUUGAUCCAGGUUUAGUUUCAACCAUGAUGCAUGUACUUCCCAACAUGCGAUCUCUCACUUUGACAAACCAUUAUUCACGUUAUAGCACAAAGUAUGAUUGUUCUAUCCUGCCCAAACAUACGGAGUAUUGGUCCAAAAUACAGUCCAUAUGUGAACAUGCUUCUGGUUUCUCAGUAGCAACAGCGUUACUUCAGUCUGUUUGUUUGACACAUUUGACUUUGCUUCAAGUGGAAUAUUGUCGAAACAUGUAUAAGCGUCUCUAUAUGAGCAACAACAACAAAGAAGAUCAAAAGAUGGCCUGUCUUAUUCAUGGCCUUAAAAAUGCGCCUCAUCUGGAAACCCUUCACUUGAGCAACAUCUGUUUUCCUUUUUCCCUAUUGGAGAUACUACACAAAAACACACCUCGUUUAAGGACAUUAUGCUUAAACUAUAGAUCAAAGACGUUGCGCCCUUCAGACGUUGAUCACAAAACUGAUUUUAUAUUACCAUAUGUCUCUACGUUCUAUCCAGCAGACUCAUUGGAAGACCUUUCUAUUUCUUUUGAACCGACAGAUCCAAAUUUUGGCAAUACGCAUAUCAUCAAAAGCUGGCUUCAUUAUAUAUCUCAAAAGUAUAUCCACUUGAGAAGUAUUCAAUUCAUGACUCAUCUUAUGGCCCACUGGUAUGUGGAUGAACUUUUGACUUAUGAAGCAUCUCUGGCACGUACGCUAAAAGCAUUGUCAAAAUUAGAGUCGUGUUCUAUCGAUAUCUAUCCAGUAUCCGACAGCUUUGCCCAUGCUUUAGGGACACGCAUUGUUGACCUAAACGUGUUUAUCAACACAGAAAUAGUCCAAGAUCAGCUUUACGCUAUAAAUUUGUCCAGCAGAAUCACAAGCCAAGUAAAACGCCUUACAUUAACAAAUCAAGAUCCUGAUCAUGAUCCCUGCUAUAUCUACAACCAAAGUAUCCCUCCAUCAAUUCAACAAUUCCCGCAUUUGACUUGUUUACACUUGGCCAAUACUGAACAAAGUGGCCCUUAUGAUCUUCGACUACUUGUGCUUCUCCUGAACGCAGCACCGCAACUUAAACAACUCUCCGUAGGCUAUGGUGCAGUCCACUUGGCCGACUUGAAACCAGACUGGAAUUUAGAUAUGUUUUGCAAACCGUGUGCAUUAGAAGAUUUCGUGUUGGAAAAAUGGUCUUUGGUUCGACGUGCUACCUCUGAUGGGUAUGAAAUACGCUCUUUGUUUACAGAUCAAAGCAUGAUUGUGUCCCUCAAGCAGUUUUUUCAUGUUCUGCAGCGCAUUUUAGACCUGUCUCCUCAUCUGGCUCGAUUUGUCUGUCAUAUUUCUACACAAGGUAUGUCUUUACCAAGAGUUUUUGCUGCUGAAAAUAGGUCAUGGAUAUGGGACUUUAAGGGGCUCCAUAGGCUAAAGCAAAUAAGUUUUCGUUUUCCAACUUGCAAAUACUUACAUUUGAUAUGUGGUGAUGAAGAAAUGUGGGUUCGAUUACUCCCUUUGCGACAUGGCCUUUUGUUUAAACAAAAGAAUCCCAACAAGACUUCUCUUUAUGUUACUUUUCAAUUACAACAUCCUAUGUCGAUCAAUUCAGUACGCUUUUUUCAAAAACUACGCCUUUAUUACAACUAG